GAAAGCAAAGUCAAAGGUACUUUAAGUAUUACCAGGGAACUCAGCUUGAAGGGCUAUUAUCCCUGAUUAUUCCUGAGAAUUUAUGGUUACGAGAUAAACAAAAAGAAAAAGGAGCAAACAUGGCGACGGCGACGCAACAGCGGGUCAUUCCUGCCAUGGACACUCUCGUCAAGUAUGACAAUCCGAUCUUGGUCACCACUCAUCCGGAGAAGUCCCAGAAAGUAUCCACGCCAUCGAAAGUCGGAACCACGGCAUGCAAGAUACAGACUACCGUGCCAACUGUAGAUGUACGCAGAGAGACGGUGGAAAUUCUUAAUGGCAUUCUGCCACCCAAGGAAUGGGAGGAAGAGGGACAGGUGUGGACGCAACAGGUGUCGAGCACGCCGGCCACCAGAUUGGAUGUCAUUAAUCUGCAAGAACAACUCGACAUGAGAUUGCAACAACGACAAGCCAGGGAAACUGGGAUCUGUCCUGUUCGACGAGAGCUGUAUACUCAAUGCUUCGACGAAUUAAUACGACAAGUGACGGUCAACUGUGCGGAGCGCGGAUUGCUCCUGCUGAGAGUAAGGGACGAGAUAAGGAUGACUCUCGCCGCUUAUCAGACCCUCUAUCAGAGCAGCAUUGCCUUCGGUAUGCGAAAAGCUCUCCAAGCGGAACAAGGGAAGGAAGACCUAAUCGCGACCGCGGAGGAAUUGCGAGUGCAAAAAGCAGAAUUGGAGAAAACUCUAACCGAGUUGCGACUUAAGUUUGAGCAAGCCGAGAGAAGAGCGGCCGAGCAAAGGGAAGCCGAGGAAAAAAAGCACAUGGAGGAGAUACAGUUCCUGAAGAAGACGAAUCAGCAGCUAAAGACGCAAUUAGAAGGUAUCAUCGCGCCGAAGAAAUAAAUUUUCAUAAACCAUCGCGUCAAGUUUCCAUGGUAUCUUUUUCAAUGUA